AAGAGCGCGCGCCGCAAUCCCUCCGCCCGCCGCCCCCGCAGGAGAAAAGCGCGUGGGCCGCUGGGAAGUGAGUGAGAUGGUCGGCUGAGUUUGAGGGGGAUGGUCUGGAAAUAAAGUACCUAUUUCGGAGACAUUAGAACAUCGACGCAAGAAAAUGCAAGUUGCGGUGCUUGGUGCUGGCGUGAUUGGUUUGUCUGCAGCUCAAUGCAUCAUUGAACGCUUUCACUCUGUAAUCAAACCAUUGAAUAUUGUGGUUUACGCAGAUAAGUUUACACCACAUACUACAAGUGAUGGAGCUGCUGGAUUGUGGCAACCAUAUGUGCUGGAUCGAGGAAUCCCAGAGGAAGUCAAAUGGAACAAGGAAACAUUUGAAUAUCUUCGAAAGUAUGUGAAUUCACCUGAUGCGAAUGAGAUGGGCUUGUUUUUGCAGUCUGGAUACAACAUCUUCAAAGAACAACUGCCGGACCCAUCCUGGAAAGAUGCUGUUUUGGGGUUUAGACAUUUGACGGAAGAAGAACUCAAACUGUUUCCUGGAUUUAGCCAUGGGUGGUUUAACACUGCACUAAUGUUGGAAGGAAAGAGCUACUUACCCUGGUUGAUGGAGAGGUUAAAAGAACACGGAGUCCAGUUUGUUCAAAAGAAAGUCUCUUCCUUCCAAGAGUUAUCUCCAGAGUUUGAUGUGAUAGUGAAUUGUACAGGCAUCCGAGCACAAGAGCUGCAGCCAGACCCACAACUGAUACCUGCUCGAGGACAGAUCAUAAAGCUAAAAAGUAACGACAAGUGUGAGAAAUGUUCAUACUUAAAAGUCAGCAAAGGAAUAGUACACUGA